AUGCGUGUGCGUACGUGUGCGGCCGCUGCAGUGUACGCGACGCGGGCGAGGCCGCAGCCGGGCGCGUUGCGGAACCGCGAACGCGGAAUCGUUUGCGCACCCGGCGUGGCGUGUCCCCUGCUUGCGAGAUCGCAGCCUCCAGCCCAGGCUCGUCGCCACGCUGCUCAACGGCUGCGCUGUGUCAGCUGCGUGCGCUACGAGAUGCUGUGUCAGCUGCUGCUGUCAGGGCGGAAAUGCUCAAGUAGCGACUGGAUCUUCAAUGAUAUUCCUUUGGCUCCCUUUCGAGUGUUCAAAGUGAAAGUUCAGGAGUGCAGCGUGUACACGACCUGCUGGGAGUGCCUGGGCGCCAAAGAUCCAUACUGCGGUUGGUGCUCCCUGGAAAACAACCAAAGAAAAGAAAACUGGAAGCGCGGAGGCCUUUGCGCCGUGCAACAAAAUAGCGUGGCGGUUGGCGCGCUGCGCCUGGCGCUGCGCCGGGCGGGUAAAGGAGAGGCGGGAGCGGCGCUCGGCGUUUGCCAGAGGAAGGCGGUAUGCGCGUGGGGCUCCAAGAGCGUCAGCUGCUGA